AUGGCUCACUUUGUUCCGCUAUGGAAAUUACCCAGCGCCUCCACCUUGGCAGACAUUUUUGUUCGGGAGAUUGUUCGUCUCCACGGAGUGCCGUCUGAAAUUGUAUCAGACAGAGGUACCCAGUUCGUAGCAAGAUUUUUCCACACUCAUGUGGAGACCGAAGAAACCUUGGCCCCUGUGCCUGAAGCUGCCUCUGGCAGCAGGGACACAAUCGCGGGGCUGCGCGGUCAUGGAAACCUGCUUUAUAAAAUUCCCAAAGCGCCUAGUCAGAGACCUGUUCCUUCUCCUUGUCUUUUUGCACCUCACUUUCCACAACCAUUGCACUCCCGUCAGCAACUUCCUUACUGGGAAAAAGAAAUACUGGCCCUGGCUUCUAAACCCUCAAACAACACUGCCUUGUCACCAGUUGCUAAAACACCCCUAUUAGAUUGCUUUGCCAUUGAUGAGAUUAAUAAAAACCCAGAUAUUUUACCCAAUAUCACGCUGGGUUAUCAUGCAUAUGACACUUGCGGGUAUGUUGAGAAGGCUAUAAAUAAUGCACUGCAAAUAUUGUCAGGAGGGAAGAGAGACGCCCCAAAUUAUUCCUGUCUACAGGGAGAUAAAGUCGCUGGCAUUAUAGGAGACACGCGGUCUGUUACAACCCUGCCAAUAGCGCAACUACUGAGUGUAUAUGGAUACCCGCUGAUCAGUUUUGGGGCAACUGACACUUUACUAAGCAAUAAAGUGCUUUAUCCAAACUUUUUUCGGACAGUUCGAGAUGAUCAUUUUCAAUACAUGGCUAUUCUAAAGUUACUGAAACAUUUUGACUGGAACUGGGUUGGGAUCAUCACAUCAGGAGAUGCAAGUGGCAAAAAUGAACUCCAUGAGCUAAGCAAACUACUCACUAGCCACAAAAUCUGUAUUGAGUUUGUCAUUGAAAUUUCCGACUCAGCUCAAAAAAAUAAAGAAAAACUGAUUGCUGCUGAAAAAACAACUGCUCAGAUUAGGGCUCCCGGCAGCGUCCAGUUGUGUGCCCUGUCUGUGGGCUUCCAGCCGUGUGCCUUAUCUGUGGGAUUCCAGCCAUGUUCCAGAGAUAGCGGACUCUACCAGUCCAGCUUCAGUGUCCUAGAACUAUCUUACCCCUUACUUCCCGAGGACCAGCAGUUGAACAUAUCUUCUGAAUUUGUAACAUGGAUGAAUAAGCAAGGUCAAAAAACACGAUGCACAGACUACUGUGCUCCAGGAUACAGAAAGGCUCCUGGGAGCGGACACCACAUCUGCUGCUAUGAGUGUGUUCCGUGUUCAGACGGUGAAAUAUCCGAACUUACUGACAGUGAGAGUUGCCAGAAGUGUCCUGAUGAUGAAUGGCCAGAUGACAGAAAAAUCAAGUGUAUUCCAAAGACAUACAGCUUUCUGUCAUACAAAGAUGACAUUAUUGCUCAAAUAUUUACUUGCAUUUCAAUAUUAUUUUCUUGUGUAACUUGUUUCAUAUUGGGAAUCUUUGUUUAUUUCAGAGAGACCCCCAUUGUCAAAUCUAAUAACCGAAACCUUAGCUUCCUUCUACUCGUGUGCAUUAUGUUAAGCUUUCUCUGUGUGUUUUUGUUCCUUGGAUCCCCUGUGGAUAUAACCUGCAGGUUGCGUCAAACCACUUUUGGAAUCAUCUUCUCCAUAGCUGUGUCUUCUCUGUUGGCCAAGACCAUCAUGGUUUGCAUUGCCUUCAAGGCCAUAAAACCAGGCAGUCACUGGAAGAAAUGGUUGGGGAUGAAAGUAUCUAAUUCUAUAGUCCUGAUAUGCUCCUCAGUCCAAGUUUUGAUUAGUGUUCUAUGGUUAUCUAUUUCUCCCCCUUUCCAAGAGUUUGAUAUGUACACAUAUAACGCAGUUAUCAUUGUUCAGUGUAAUGAAGGGUCUGUUUUUGCUUUCUAUUCUAUGUUGGGUUACAUGGGAAUUCUGGCUUCUGUUAGUUUUAUUCUAGCAUAUAUGGUCAGGUCUUUACCCGACAGUUUUAAUGAAGCCAAGUAUAUAUCAUUCAGCAUGCUGGUGUUCUGUAGUGUUUGGAUCGCAAUGAUCCCUGCUUAUCUGAGCAGCAAAGGGAAGGACAUGGUGUCCGUGGAAAUAUUUGCCAUACUGGCUUCAAGUGCUGGCAUCUUAAGCUGCAUAUUUUUCCCCAAAUGUUACAUUAUGCUUAGAAAACCAGAGAUGAACACUCGAAAAUGCGUAUUAAAGAAAAACAGUACUUAAUACAUUAAUUAUUUUUGUAAG